AUGCACGUGGUGGCGCUCGUAAGCGGCGGCAAGGACAGCUGCUACGCCAUGAUGGAGUGUGUCCGCUACGGCCACAAGAUCGUGUGUCUUGCGCACCUGCACCCACCCACUCAUUUGUCCGCAGACGAGGCAGAGAUCGACUCGUUCAUGUUCCAGAGUAUCGGGUACCAGACCGUGGAGCUCAUCGCCGCGAGUAUGGAGCUCCCGUUGGUCUCCGAGACGAUUACGGGCACUGCCGUGAAGACGGAUAUUGACUACUACGAUUCCGUUGCUGGAGAUGAGGUCGAGGACCUCUUCCGUCUACUGCAAAAGGUCAAGCAGCAGUUCCCAGACGUUGAGGGCGUGUGUGCCGGUGCCAUUUUGUCCAAUUACCAGAGAAAUCGAGUGGAAAACGUGUGCUCGCGCCUUGGCCUGACGUCACUGGGAUACUUGUGGCGCCGCGAACAGACCGAGUUACUGCAGGAGAUGAUUGAUUCGAAUGUAGAAGCUAUCUUGGUCAAGGUGGCAUCCAUUGGUCUGGACGUUCGGAUGCAUUUGGGAAAGACGAUUGGCGAGCUACAAGGUCAACUCUUGAUGCUGAAAGAAAAGUACCAGUUGAACGUCUGUGGCGAAGGCGGAGAGUACGAGACGUUCACUUUGGACUGUCCGCUUUUCAAAAAGCGCAUCGUGAUCGAUGAAAGCCACACGGUGAUACACUCGGACGACUACGUAGCUCCAGUAGCCUUCUUGUCGAUUGACAAGUCCCACCUGGAAGACAAGGAACCUUCGGACUCGUUGCAACUCGCCUCUCGGGUCCCUAAACCUUCGCUUUGGCAGCGACCAAGCAGUGCGACGAACGCAAACAAAAAGCCUGCCACCGUGCUAGCAAUUAGCCCGCAGUCUGCGAAAACUGUCCCUCCUUUCGGCCGGUUCCGCGACCAACUGCACCUGUCAGGCCUCAUGAGCAGCAGGGCUGGUGAUGCCUCGGUGUCGCUGAAAGAGGAAAUGGUUGAUAUUUUUGACCAGCUGGACACUAUUCUUAGAAGUCAAAACAUGGUAAAGGCAGACGUGUGCUAUCUGCACCUGUAUGUACAGGAUAUGGUCGCAUUCCGUCAGCUCAACAUCGAGUGCAUUCGAUACUUUGGGCUGAACUUGCCGCCGUCGCGUAGCUGCGUCGAGACGAAGGCACUAUCGGACGUGUCUGCUCGUGUACUUUUGGACUGUUUCGCGUUGCGUGGCAGUGGUGAGCAGAAGUUGCAAUCGCUGCGUGUACGCCGCGACGUCCUGCACGUGAAGAGUAUAUCAGCCUGGGCGCCGUGCUGCAUUGGUCCAUACAGCCAAGCAAAUGUGCUUCAUAGAGCUCUCAUUUUGUUGGCAGGUCAAAUUGCGCUGUAUCCGCCGACUAUGGACCUCGUGGCAGGUGGCCAAGCCGUCCAGGCUACGCAAUGUUUUCGCAACGCCUGCCGUGUGCUAGAAGCCCUGCAGUCCAAUCUCCGCCAUGUGUGUUCCGGCGUCAUAUACACCACUGGAGGCGCUGACAAUCGAGAAGCUCGAGAGUCUCUAGUCGCUGGUAGCCGUCACCAUCUCGUUACAAACGCAGGGUUGCGCGAUGAGUUUGAGUCAACUGAUGACAGCGAUGAAAGCGACGACGAAGUGAGCAAAAGUGAUGCGCGCUUGGAAUUUGUGAAGCAGGCCCCGUUGCUGGUCGUGCAGGUGUCGAAUCUGCCACGCGAUGCUUUAGUAGAAAUCGAGCUUCAAGCACUCACGCAUAUUGCACUGAAAUAUUUGGUACCGCGCAGCUUGACGUCUUCACGCUGUUCAACGGAUAUGCGUUUCGACUGGCAGGUUGGCAUGAUUCCAAGAGCUCUUUGCCAGAUCGUGUGCACUGCGUCAAUCGAAAGCAGUAAACGCUACUCCGAUACACGAGCGUUGGCGAAAGCAGUCGCAGAAGGGACUUGGGCUUGCGUGCUGGACAGCCUCGUGGAAGCCUUAAUGCCUUGGGACCGCGUGAUAUUCGUGCGCACCUUCUACGUGGCAACAGCUUUCUCAAGCGAGGAGGAGCUGGCUAAGACGUAUUACGAGACUGUGACAGCCCGAGGUAAAGUUAACAGCAUGCCCGGCAUGACGCUCAUUCCUGUAGAUGCUGUCCAGAGCGAUGCAGUAAUCGCGCUGCAGGUAACAGCACAGGACCUCGAUAAGCUGGAGACGGAGCUCUGGCUGCACAAGCAAAUUUAG